AUGCCUCGAAGAAUUGAGUCGUUCAUUAAGGGAUUACCUCCACCGGUGAAGGGUUUGGUUACUGCAGCAAACCUCAAUAACUUAACUCAGAUUGUCCGUUUGGCUCACAAGAUCGUUGAUCAAGAGGUGGAGAGCAAUUCGCUGCCACCACGUGUUUCUGCUACUACUACUGUCGCUACUACAACUACUACCCCCGCCACUGACAUCAAGCGUAAAUGGAGCGAUGUGGACAAGGCGUCCAAUUCAGUGCAGUCACAGAAAAGGGCAGAUACUGGCAACAAUCGUAGUUUCAGCCAGUCUUCUUUAGUGAAUCAGAAUCAGGGUAACAGUUCAGGUCAGGGUUCUUAUGCGGGAAAACUACCGAAGUGCAGUAAGUGCAACUAUCAUCAUCGGGGGCAGUGUGCUCGAGUAUGUCACAGGUGCAACAAAGUUGGGCACAUGGCCAGAGAUUGUAGGGUUCUACUCCCGAACCCGCCGCAGCCGUCACAGCAGCAAGGUAGACAACAGCCUCAGCAGAACAAGGGUAUUCGUAAGGGUUGUUUUCAAUGUGGUGCUGAAGGUCACCUCAAGCGAGACUGUCCUCUGCUGAAUCAGAACGCAUGUGGUAAUAACAAUGGGAAUAACAACAAUGCUGGGAACAACAAUGGGAACAACGGGGGAAACGGUGUGCAUGGGUGCGUGUUUACUAUUGGAGCUGGGGGGGCAUGA